UUGGGCCUCCAGGUGCGGAGCGGGCGGAACUGGCCGGGAGAGCGAGGGCGGGGCCGCGAGGCCAGGUAGAGCUGCCCUGCGGCUGGGCGCGGAGGGCCGCGAUGAGGUGCUGCGGCCUCUACACCUUCGACGCGGCCAGCGGCCCCCGGCGGCUUAUGCGCGUGGGCCUCGCGCUCAUCCUGGUGGGCCACGUGAACCUGCUCCUGGGGGCCGUGCUGCACGGCACAGUCCUGCGACACGUAGCCAAUCCCCGCGGCGCCGUCACCCCGGAGUACACCACGGCCAAUGUCAUCUCCGUGGGAUCCGGGCUGCUGAGUGUUUCCGUGGGACUUGUGGCCCUCUUGGCAUCCAGGAACCUUCUGCUCCCACGACUGCACUGGGCCCUGCUGGCCGUAGCGCUGAUGAACCUGCUCCUGUCCGCCGCCUGCUCCCUGGGCCUCCUCCUUGCCGUGUCGCUCACUGUGGCCAACGGUGGCCGUCGUCUUAUUGCUGACUGCCAUCCAGGACUGCUGGAUCCUUUGCUACCGCUAGACCAGGGGCCUGGGCGGGCUGACUGCCCGUUUGACCCCACGAGAAUCUAUGAUACAGCCUUGGCUCUCUGGAUCCCUUCUGUGUUCAUGUCUGCAGCGGAGGCUGCCCUGUCUGGUUACUGCUGCGUGGCUGCACUCACUCUCCGUGGGGUGGGGCCCUACAGGAAGGAAGGGCUUCAGGAGCAGCUGGAAGAACUGACAGACCUUGACCUUCCUAAGUGUACAAGGCAGGAAAAUGAGCAGCUACUGGAUCAAAAUCAGGAAAUCCAGGCAUCGCAGAAAAGCUGGGCUUAAGACAGAGCAGGUGCCAAUCCAGAGGCUCAGUUCACAACGGUGACAUAAACCCCAGGAUGACGUAAACAGCUGUAAUAAAAGAACUCUUUCCUUCUA